GAAGGAGAAGGGUGGGGGGAAAAUAUUCGGGAAAGGCUGUAAAUUUGUCCGGUGUGCCACGCGAAUCGACGAUCAUCGACGGAAUACAGUAUACGGUAUAGAGUAUACAGGGACGCGUGACCGAUGCGUGUAGGCGUGCAUACAGGCGUUCUCGACGGUGUCUCAUCGUACCGUAGAAAUAGUUGGAGCGGCGCCUUGCUCGCCGUCCAUCGGUCGCCGCCAUUGUUUCCAUAGGCGAGCAAGCAAAUGAGUAAACGAACGAACAAACAGCCUCGAAUAUGGGAAACGACGCACAGUGGUAAAUCGUCUAAUGUAGUCGGAUCUAGUUGAAGCUCGUGAAAAUCGUGAGUAACAGAACGCGUCCGGUCACUCCGUUCUUGCCACCGAUCGAACGACACUGAAAAAUCUGGCUCAACGAAACGUCUAACAGAUCUUUAGGCAUAUAUUUGACAAGUUCUAAAGAAACUAGUGUUUCGUAGUGUCGGAGGGUCUUGUUCCAGUGACCGGGGUGCUAGUGAUGGUGUUGGUGAUGGUAAAAAGAAUGGUGCGUUGGUCUUUUGUGUUCGGCUCGACGAAUCCUGUUCUUUUGGUAGGAAACUCGGUCGCAUGGAACGCGUUCCUUUGACCAGACCGAACCAAUCGUUCGAGAAAAUAGUUUGGUUGCCUCUGAAAAUUCUUGUUCGCAUGCCGGCGGAGUUAUCCUCUCGAUCGGUGUAAUUACACGACUCGCCUAUUGGAAACACUUCAAAGUCCUGAUAGAUUAUUUAAACACCGCAAAAUCGUGAUAUUUCGAAUACGCAAUCUAUGGAGCUGUACUCGGUAAACAUCAUGUGAUACGUUUUGGAGUCUUGCGGUUGCUUUGCCUCAGAGUCGCCUUCCAUUCUUCGAUGCCGAACGCGAAAAGGAUGCUGGGACUGGCUUCCGUUUCACGGCAAAUACAAAGCGUUUGUCACCCAUCGACCAUGUUGAUACUGUUAAUUUUAUCGUUGGGUGACAUACCCUCUAUCAACGGUUCCUGCGAGUUCCCAACCACUUGGACCGGAGAAUGGUAUCAGUAUGGAAAACCGGGUUCGAUUACCGUAAACGCGACCGUUUUAGGCGAAAAGACGUGCGUGGAACGAUCGGGACAGUCUUACAUAGUUUACAGCGAGAAAUGUUAUCAUUGCAUUAUCGUGAACGACCGACACGAAAAUGUGAUUCAAUUUCGGGAAGGCUGGUGCCAGCAGGAUUACACGAAUCUGGAGGAGAUGUGCGUGAACAUCAAGUCGGACGAUACUCUUUACUCGAUGUUCCGCGAGAAUUCGAAACCGAUACCGUGCCCAUUCACCGGUCAAUCCUUUACCUUCACUUACGACAAAGGAUACGGCGAGUGUUCGAUGCCCAUCAGCCUCGGCGAGAAAUGUACCGAUGAAAGCAAAUUGCUUCUCAAGUAUCAAGCAUGUCCGGAUAUCGAGCGAAGCGAGAGUAACACGGAAGAGUUACAGUGUCUAGCCGUGUGGAACGACGGUCGUAACAAAUAUCUCGUUGGAACGUUGAAAGGAAGAAGCGUGUCCGGUGCCGAGAAAACUUACAGAUGUUUCCUAUACGAGGAGAAAACGCAUCAUCAAGGGAAGGUGGUGUAUUUGCUCGCUCAGUCCGGUGAACCGACUUGCAACGGCCUAACUACAGUUUCCGAGGGAUCGCCUACGAUCAAGUUGACGAAAGUCGACAAAGAGCACAACAGAUGCAAAUAUCCUUCUUGGAUCACCGAACAUCACGAUUGGCAUUCUCUAGACGGCACUAAAGUUUAUCAUUUUACCAACAAGAAUGCCACGCUGAAAGUCAGAGUACAAAAUACCGAAGAGGACACGUUUCACGAGGAGAAGAUCGUCUGCCAUAAUCUGGAAAAAUUGCAUCCGACGGAAAACGCGCAGGUGUACAAAGUAAAAUUGAUCGCUCACGUGACCAGUGGUUGCGACAUCGGCUACGUUUGCAUGAUAUUCCAUAAAAGGGAUCAUCACGUUAUAGAACUACAGCAAUCGGACCAAAAGGCCAUAAUGCCAGACGAUGCCUGUUCCCUCGUGGAUACAUCCACGAUGCCGUACACCACGUUAAUAAGCUCCUCGUUGCAUCAGAGAAAGUGUCCUAAUCCCGGACGAUACAUGAUCCUUGGAUUCGGCCCGUUCCAUUUGGCUAACGCGUCCUUCCGCCGUCAGCGUCGUAGCGAGAAACGAUCUUCGAGGAUCACCAAAAGACGAACUUGGCACGAAGACGUAACGCCGAAGGAAUCGCACGAGCAGCAGCAACGACAACACCAGCAACAGCAACAUCAUCAUCACCAUCAUCAUCGUCAGCAUGGAGAGCAACCACAACAGCAGCUGCAACAUGGAGAACAGUGCAGGAGCAGCAGCGUUCGAAUAGGUUGCGCCUCGUCCGAUCAAAACGAGAUCGUCGUUGGGAAAACGUGCGAUAACGAAGAAACAGCCUAUUAUUGCCACGGAAGUUGGGAAGAAAAGGGUACUUGGUACACGAUAGUGUCGCUGAAAACCGACCAGACUUUGCCGGGACCAGGAAAGACCUUUUGCCUUUCUAUGCGGCUAGACGGUGACGAAGGAAAAUCGUCGACGACCGGGAAAACCGGGAGAACGAAGCUCUCGGAACAAGAGCUUUGGUUGGCGAGAUUCGAUCACGUUUGUCGGACGGAACGAGUCGAGGAUGGACGUUCCUAUACGCUCGUCAAUCAAGGAGUUUGCGAGGACGUAACAAAGGCAGCUUCCAGCUUAGCGUCGCUCUUAUCCCUGUCCAGAAUUUUAUUCCUAGGAACGAUGGGAAAUUGUGCAGCGGCAUACAUGCUCUUGUUGAGAUGAUAUGCGAGUUUCAAGUGAAACGAAAUCGAUGCUCGUAACAGGAUCGCGCGCGUUUCAACGCGUACGCGAUACGAACAGAGAAGAAGGCUGCUAAACCCCGUUUGACGAUCCUCGAUCGUUUUCGUAAGGAUCGAGACCAAGAGCAAGCGGUUCGUGUUGGACGAUCGAUUCGCCUCGUCUCUAAGGGAGUCGCGAUCGAUCAUUUGUUCGACAAAGUAUUUCUUUCAUUUCUAGAUAUUCUAGUUUUACCUUCUCCUCGUUCCAUUUCUUCGUCGCUCUAUUCCAUUCUUCGUUUCAAUUCCCAUGUAUUCGCAUUUCUUUUCUGCUUCCGUUUUUAUUAGUCUGUCUUCUCCUUUUUUUAGUCGCUUUUCGGAUCUUUCAACGAUCCGUUAUUUCUCGCGUUGCUUUUACAAAAUGUCCUACUGCCGGCUGCUACUACUACCAUUACCACUAACUAUUGCUACUACUACUAUUACACAACAACUACUAGUAUGACUACUACUAUCCGUUUCGAUACGAAUAGUGACGUACUUAGAUCAUAGAAGUUAAGUCUCACGCCCGUCCGUUUCGUACGAUGGCCGAUGGAUUUUUGUCCGAUAAUAUCUAUAUAUCUACAUCCUGUGAAUUUGUACAUUUGCACUGGUAUUUUUUAUAUAAACGUACGUUAAGGAAAGUUGAACGAAAGGGAAGGUUGGUUAAGGUGGCGGGUAACCGCGGACGUUACUUUCAGAGUUAAGAAUACGAACAACGAUACCUCGAUCGUUUUCGCGAAAAUAAGUUAAGUAAAGCACGAUAAGUAAAGACGUAUAUAUAUAUAUAUAUAUAUAUUAACGAUCGACGGGCUACUGUGCACCCGCAGCUUUUGUAAAUAUAAGCAGGGUAUAACGAGUCAAGACCAUGUUCGAUUAAUCGCGAGUAAAAUCGCUAUAAUCCUACAACUAUAAAUUCGAUUACUUUAACGCGUAACAAUUAACGGAUAAGAGAAUAAUUUUUACAACUCUUAACCAACUACACUUUGUACAUAUUUCAUAAUUUAAGCGGUGUAUAAAGAAGACUGUUUUUAAAGAGUAUAAAGUUUUCCACUUGCAGUCGCGUUUCAUCGUCGAGGCGCGAAGGAAACAGCAUCCUGUAUCGAGGCCAUUAAUGGACGCUGACUUAAUUAUCAUUGAAAUUGAACCACACCGUAAACUCGAAUUACGUAUUUAUUUUUUUUUAUCUUUUAAUUACUAAACGCGUCGAAGAAAUAUUAUUUCCUUUCGAAAUCGGUGAUUCGUUUUCUCGCUGUCCAUUAGCCUCGUUGCAUCCUACGGCUAUUUGUUAUCCUCGAACGGCAUAAAACAACAAAGACGCGUAACACUUAGCUGAAUUCGAAAGCAAGAGAACACAUACACACGUACAUAGAGAGAGAGAAACACUAGCACACGGUGACAAGCGAUACACAAAAUAUUUUAUAAAGAAUCGAGACUGUUCCGGAAUUCGUAUAAAUAGAAUAUACGUGUACGACAAUGCGUUGGUUCUAACCCGUAAGAUAGGCAAAUUUUUAAUAUCGAGAUAAAUUGUUAUUUUUAUACGCAUAAAACUAUUGUUCCCAGUGUGAAACUUAUUCGCUCCGUCGCUCCUCAACUUACUUGUCUAUUCGAAAUUCUCUUCUCCCUCCCUCCCCCUCCGAUUAACACUAGAUCCGACCGUUCGUUCCUUCUCGGUAGACAAAUCUCUACGCGAGCCGUAUUUAUUAUAUAUUUUCUACUUUUCCAAUAGGAUCGUACGCGUAACCGUGUGUCCGACGCAAAUUCCAGCCAAAUUUUGUUGCAUUCGUUUUUCGAGACGAGAAAAUUCUGCUUAUCGUCGUUGCGCGGGACAAGUAGCGCAAAUAAGCGUAAUCUAUCGUGUACACCUGCAGUUUGUACGUUUAGAGAAUUGAGAAACGUAGACGGUUGGAAUCGGCGACAGAACGCACGAAUACGCGUGAUUCGAACGGAUGAAAUUCUGCUCGACCAGAAAGAAAGAUAUUGCGCUGUUUUCAUUUUUACACCGUAUAUGUUGCGAGAACGAGUGUAUUUAACGAAUCGAUGCGUGUGUAUACUAACUAAGAGGUCGAGUAAAUAACGAUUACAUUACGAUGCGAACGAUUCUCAACAACGACUAUGACGAAGACGGAGACGACGACGACGAUACGCGUUUUAAAGUAUAGUAGCAAUUAAGAAAAUUUCCGCGUUACUUGUCUCGGCGCGGCGGUCCUACGUAUUGUACCGAUGGAUGUUGCGAGUUGAUGAAAAUGAAAAACGAAGACACGGGUCGUUUCGAUUGCGUUUUGAAGCGGUAUGGUAAGCCUUCGUCGCGUAUGUCGCACGAUCCGAUCGUUUCUUUCUAAGCGAAACAACCGAGUAUGGGUACACCGUUCGAAAGAUAACGAAAGGAACGUUAAAAGUGUCGCGAUUGGAAAGCGUUGUUCGCCUGGAAAUAAAGGAAUUGGUGUCGCGAUA